AUGGGUCGUCCUGGGAUGCAGAUGGAGACAUGGGUGCUGUUUGUGGCCUUCGGGUGUAUGUGUGUGGGGCAGGCUCUCGCAGAUCUAUUGUACUUUGUCCCAGUCCCGGCUGUGUGGGAGUCUGGAGCUCAGGUCAGGUUUUGUGCGAGUCUUUUGAAAGUGGAUAAAAAUGACAAGCAUAAGAUGACCGUGACGCUGCUGUCCCCGGAGCUCAACACCACCCUCCUGCAGAAAGAGUCCAACCAGGAUUUUCAUACCUGUAGCACCUUCCUGGCCCCUCUGGUCAUAAAGGACACGGUGCAGCACUUCCAGGUGGAGGUGAUCGGGAAAAAGAUGUACUCCCGGGAAACUCGCAAAGUUCUGAUCCGUGCCAAUAAACCAGUGACAUUCAUCCAGACAGACAAGCCAAUCUUCCUCCCAGGACAAACUGUGUAUUUCAGGGUGGUGACAAUGGACACAAAGCUGAGGCCGGCCUGUCGAAAGUAUGAUAUCAUCGAACUUCAGGAUCCACAUGGUAACCGCAUUGGGCAGUGGCUGAAUCUCACUGCGGAGGGUAAAAUAGUGCAGCGGUCUUUCGCCCUGAAUUUUGAGGCCAAAGAAGGCAGUUACCAGCUCUCAGUGACCUCUGGAGAAGACACAAUCUACCAUUCAUUCAAGGUGGAGAAAUAUGUUUUACCAAAGUUUGACGUCAAAAUCACCUCGAAGGAUGAAGUGAGCAUUGCCCAGGAGGAAAUCAGUAUAAAAGCUUGUGCAGAAUACACUUACAAGCAGCCUGUUCCCGGGAUAGUGAAAAUAGAUGUAUGCAGACCCAUCAACAGAUACAUAUUUGGGUUCUCUCGAAACGAGGAUGACGUUCCAUCUGUGACUGCUCCAUGCCACAAGGAGAGCAAAACGGCCGACGCGACUGGGUGUGCUGUGUUUACUAUCCCAAUGUCCACUUUCAAAGAAAUUGACCAAAAGGCUCUCCUGGACACACUGGAGGUUGUGGUAGACAUGGAGGAGGAGGGAAAACAGCUCAGUGCGUCCCGGAAAAAAGGCGUAUCGCUGCGGGUUGACGGCAAGUGCCUUAGCCUGUUUGAAGAAGCGUCAUCGACCCUGAUCUUGAACAUGAAGAUGGAGGACGCUGUGGAUGUAGUUCAUAGAAUGGGAAAGAGAGAAGAACCACCGGCUUAA